AUGGCAAAGAAAACUCAACGACGUGCAGCUGCGAGACAGGAGAGGGAUCAGUUAGGUUGCAUGUGGGGUUUUAUGAAUAUGUUCACUUUCCGCCAUGGACCAUUGGCUCAUAAGCUGCUUGCUGCUGGAAGUCCUAGGAAUAGUGAGCUGGACAAGUCCAAAUGCCGCGACAAGGAUGCUCAAGAAACACAUGCUGGUGAAGAACGCAAUGUCACGAUAACGAUUAUAAAGCCAAGUGUGAAGAAACUCAUAGCAGAAGAGUUGUUCAAUGACAGUGAAAUCAAGAAGCAGAGGGAGAAUGAUGAAGCAGGACAGUUGUCAGACUCUGAGGUCGAAGGAAGAAGAAGGAAAAACCAGAGGAGAAAAAACAAGACACGCAAGAACAGCUGCGAUAACUUUAGCCAUAUUAACACAGUUGACAUUAAUGAAGAGCCUGAAGUUCACCGCAGAAAUAAGAGGCAUAAUGCCUCUGCAAGGAGUCUUGACAUUGAUAAUAUGAUUGAAGAUUUCUAUUCUGAGAUUCAUCGUAGAAGUACAAAGAAUGAUGUAGUGAACCAUCCACAUGAAGAUUAUAAAGAGAAACUGAGGGAGUUGGUCAAGUUCUUGAUCAGUCAGAAGCUUUUACAUGGGAACCGUCCAAGAGAAAACAGUGAAAUCCUUACAUCUAAAGACUUAAUGGAAGUGUUUCAGAUUCUUGGAUCGGAUGAGGAACUGUUUCUCAAACUUCUGCAAGAUCCAGAGAUCCUUGUGCCAAGGGACAUUCAAGAUUCACAAAACUGUCAAACUCAGAAAGGAGGAGAAGAAACCGGAGAUGGUCUAGCUUUUUCAGAACAAUCUUCUCUAGCUGAUAAGAGAUGGUCUAGCUUUUUCAGGAAGAAGGAUACACCGCAAGAAGCGAUUAAUGAUGACAAAGAAUGUGAAGCUUCAGACCGGAUCUUCAUUCUGAAGCCAAGAUCAGCAAGCUUUUCAAGUCCAGACACAGGGAACAGCCGUUGUUCCUCACCUGAUUCUCAUUUGAUGAGACACAAAAUGCAGAACGAGAGAAACAGUUCACAUUUCUUUCUCUCUGAGAUCAAGAGGAAGCUGAAACAAGCAAUCAGAAAAGAGCAACCGGGACUGCAACGUGAGGCUGGUGGAUUUGGGGAAGGGUUUCCGAAGAAUGUGCCAACUAAAGAUCAUUUCUUUCUCGAGCGGAUGGCAAAGCCUUCAAUAUCUCUGAAGAAACCUCAUAAAGUUUCACAAGAGCAGAGUGAAGAUGAUAGAAAGCAAAGGGUAUCUAACAUUUACACAGAGGCCAAGAAACAUCUGUCUGAGAUGUUAAACAAUGGAGAUCUUAAUUCGAACUCAACAAGUAAGCAGGUUCAAAGAACUCUUGGAAGAAUCCUCUCCCUUCCUGAGUACUUGUCUCCUUUAAGCAGCCCAGGAAGAAGAUUGGAAAAGAACUCAACUGUACACAGGAAGUCUGCUUCAUCGGAUUUCAUAAAUGUUGUGAACAUCAAGAAGGAAAAUCAUGCGAGCCAACCAGAGGAUGCGAUGAAAGAUGCUGAUGAUCAGGUUUGCAAUAUAAGCAAAGAACCUGAAAAUUCUGUCGAGUCUCUCCAACCAACCGCAAGUGAACAUACUGAGAAAAGUGUUGACAUUGAGGAUGGAACUACUAAAGAAGAUCAAAACUCUUCUGCAGAUGAUGUUAUGAUUAUUAAUGAGAUAGAUAUAGUUCCAGAGGAAUCAACCUCUGAUUUGGUUGGUGACUUACUCACAGUUGAAGCUCAUGAGGAACAGAGAGAGAGUAUCAUCUCAAAACAGACCUCUCAUGAAGAAAGCCAACCACCACUGGUUUCCUCUGUGAACUCACCAUCUCAAUGUUUAGAUAAAAGUGAAGAGUGCAAAUCAGCUAUUACCGAUUUUCCGGAGUGGUCAAGCCCAAUAUCAGUUCUUGAGCCACUCUUCAUUGAAGAUGAUAUAAGCCCAUCAAAACUUCGAUCUCAGUCUGAUGAAGCACAGGUGCAACCUUGGUGUAUCCACUUUGAUGAGAAAGAUUCUGCGGCGAAGAAUUCUGACAGAACAACCACAAGUGACAAAGAAUUGGUGUUUAAGUAUGUAAGAGAUGUCUUGGACGCAGUAGACUCAGACUUUGAAGAGCUCUACCUGAAGGCGCAAUUCUCUGACCAGCUUCUUGAACCGGCACUGAUCAGCAACAUACCAUUCUGUCCAAACCAGCUUUGUCCUGACCAUGAGCUCCUCUUUGACUGCAUCAAUGAAGUUCUCAUGGAGUUGUGCUGUUGCCCUCCUUGGGCUUCGUCUGUUACACCAAGAACCAGAGUCUUCUCUACCGUCAAAAGCAUCAUCCACGAGGUUCAAGAAGCGGUCUACUGGCAUCUCUUACCAUUGCCACUCCCUCACGCGUUGGAUCAAAUAGUUACAAAAGACAUGGCUAAAUCUGGAAACUGGUUAGACAUCAGAUGUGACAUUGACAGCGUUGGCUUUGAGACUAGUGAAUUGAUUCUCGAGGAAUUACUUGAAGAGCUCACUCUUAACUGCCUCAACAACACUGAGCACUCUCUGGUUCCAGCAGAGUUGAAGACCGAUGAGAGCAUCCUUGUUCUAUAA